AUGCUAGUCUGUGCCCUUGCAAGCGCAGCAGUGAACGUCUUAGCUUUGGGUUAUCGUAUUAAGGUCAUUCAUACCUUUUUGAAAGACUCUAGUGUACAAGAUAAGUUAACUGUGAUGAAUCUGUGGUUGCUGUUUUCGCUCAUUGGUAACAUCAUCCAGUUGGUCGCUGUUGGUUAUGCAUUCCUAGUGGAUCGGCCUGACAUUUAUAUGAGACUCAAUUUGUUCGGCGUGAGUGCGGCCAUUGCUUUGAUCUUCAAGUUCUUAGUCGGGGUCUUCCCGGUUUACUUGUCGUUUGUUGUAUGCGCAGUAUGUCUGUUCGGCUUCCACAGCCAUUGGUUCGUCAGCUUGGGUGACUCAAGUACUGCUCUAUUCUCUCUCUUGAAUGGAGAUCAGAUUCAUGAUACGUUUACGAACCUCAAGGAUGUCUCAGUGCUGGGGAGUAGGGUAUUUUUAUACUCUUUUCUGGCCCUGUUUAUCUACGUGGUGCUUAAUAUUUUCAUCACUAUUGCUGAGGAUGCCUUUUUCACUGUAAAAUUCAUGCAGGGUGGUGCUGGUCCUAUCACAAACAUACCUCGUUAUGGACACCAAGCUCCAGCUGUUCACUUCCUCCACAACAACACCGAGGAGAUUACUCGCAUGCCUAAGUCGCUCACAUCGUAUCGUCAUCGUGCGAGCGACCCUUUGUUGAGGAAGCUCGCUGCUCUGAACGAGGGUGGUGUUAUGGUCUCGCACGACGAGGCUAGCACGGUCGCUGGUGGCGACUCUCCCCCGAAUCAGUACGAACUGCAAGCACAAGUUGCUCUAUUAAUGAGACAAUGUCUUGAGAUGCAGGAUCAAGUUCGGAAGCUGAGCGAGGCCUUGCUGAGUAAAGGCAGCAGCCGUGUGUGA